UUCCGUCACGUGAUCACGUGUAGCCAGCCAAUCAGAGCGGACUUUCCGUACCAUGUGAUCGGAAAAAUCGAAAUGGUGGACGUAUCGGGACGCAGGAUCCCGAGAGGAGACGAAGGACGAUAAACUGGGCAAGGGCCCGUCAUCCGUGUCAUCGGUAUUAUCAAUUCGAUAACACGAUUAACCGCGAAUAUCGGUGUGACUUCAAGGAGGACCGUCGACGAUAUAACCGACGCAUAAGUAUCGGUGACAGUGUCUCUUGUUUACCGAAGUGUCAAUCCGCCCGUAUUGUACAGUGUGUUCUCUAGAUGCGAGAAAACAGAGGGACAGUGUGUAUCGAGUGCACGAGAAUCACAGUUGUACGUACCGUUCUCUCGGUUAGUGCGUUAUCACGACGUUCCACGAGAAAGGGAAAAUAGUGUUAGAGCAAACGAAUAGGUAGGAAGAAAACUGAAGAUCCGUGAACAGACGGCAGUGCGUUUUACAGUGAAACUUUUAAGCCCGCGGAAGCAUGUCCAAGUAUGCGAGUGCCUCGGUGAUCCGUAAGAAUGUGUCACAUCAAGCGUCUUGUUAUCAGCGAAGAAGGUUAGAAUUGUUGAUUAUUGUGAGGUGUUUUCAAGUUAGAUUGGUUUGACACCAUUUGACAGAUACUUUGUUUGUGCUAAUGCGGUGAAACGUGUAAAUGUAAAGUUAAAUCUUUGCAAAAGUGAAUAUUGCGUGGAGUGUUUGGAAUAUUGACAGAAGUAACAAUGAAGUUUCCAAUGCAAAAAAAAAUAAGAUACUUCCUUAACGCACAAAAGUUUUUAUAAUAUGUACAAAUGCAAGUACAUCUGUAAUCUUUUGCAAUAACUGUACUAAAAUACUCAAGAGGCAUAGGAAUGUUGAUAAAGCAUUGAGAACUUUGGAUUAUUGUCUCAGCAAGGAAACUGAGUUACUGCCUGCCAACAAUAGGACACCUACGCACUUUUCAAGUACAUAGUGAACAUCAUGAUAAAAUAUAAUGGCUGUCUGAAAGAUUUUACUGGAUGUCCAGUGUUAAAUACGCGAUACCUGAAUUAAACCUAUUGUUUUAUAAAUUUAAAAUACUCUAACAACAGAAGAACAAAAUCAACAAGGAUCUACAAACUUGACUGAAUAUAUAAAUUUAAAGAAGAGUGAAAUAACUUUAACAACUCUAUUUUAUUAUAAAAAAAAAAUAUAUAUAUAUAUUAAUCCAUGAUCACAAUACUCUAUGGUAUUUUGUCCUAUUCAUUAAAUUAAAUGAAUCUAAAUGAAUGCUUAAACAAAGAUUUGGAAAUAUUUUACUAUUUCUGUACACUAUGUAUUGCAAUGAAAGAACAUUAGUAUCCACAAAGUUUUAUUUUGUUGAAUCAGUUCAUGUGUAAGACUUGAUGUGGUACAUAUAUUUGAAUGUGGUUUUUUAGUUUAUGAGUAUUGGAUAAUUUUUUGAGUGCACUUGACAAAAUUGAAGUAAAUAAAUUAAUGUAAACAAUACCUGUAAAUAAGUCCAGUAAGCAGUAAGACUAACAGUGAACAUUUUUAAACAAAAUGUAUAAAAGUUAUUUUAAACGUUUGCAUCAGUGGCUGUAUAUAAUUGAGAAACAGAAAGUAGGGGAAACAAUACAUUUGAAAUUCUGUAUGGAUGACAGAGGACAAAUUUGUUAACCCUAUUAAAAUUAAGGUAAAACAAUGGUUAAAAAAAAUGGAUACCUGUUGCUCAGGAGUAGUGCAAGUAUUUGUGGGUGAAUGGAGCCCAGAAUAUGAAGCACUUUCAAUUAAAGCUACAAAACAAACUUCAUCAGCUGAAAUAGUAGAAUGUAUCAUUGAAAGACUUGGGUUAGUUGAUGCUUCUGUUUCAAAUGGUUAUGAGUUGGCAGAAGUGGUUGGAAACUCUGUUGGGCAAGAAUGUAAAGAAAGAAGACUUGGCCCAACUGAGUGCCCUGUAGCACUUAUGUUACUGUGGCCAAAAAAUGCAGCUCAACAAGAAUAUUACAGGUUUUACUUGCGAAAGAAGCAACCUGAUUUAUGGUCGGAUAGUAGAUUUCCAAUGGAUCCACAACUCUUAAAGGACUAUUUUAACAGAUUCCUAUAUCAACCACGCGAUAAGGAAUAUCCAGAUCUAUGUCAGCUUCCAGACCUUAAUGAACAAACUCUGUUGGACAACCUUAGGGCUAGGUUCUUAGCUGGAAACAUAUACACCUAUGUCGGCAGCAUAUUAAUUGCAUUGAAUCCGUUUAAAUUUUAUCCUAUCUACAAUCCAAAAUAUGUAAAACUCUAUCAAAAUAGAAGAUUGGGGCCAGACAUACCUCCACACAUAUUUGCCAUAGCCGAUGCAGCUUACCAUUGUAUGCUUAAAGAAAAAAGAAAUCAGUGUAUUGUUAUUAGCGGCGAGAGUGGAUCGGGUAAAACUGAAUCGACAAAUUUUCUACUGCAUCAUCUGACAGCUCUUAGUCAAAAAGGUUCGCAUGGUAGCGGUGUCGAACAGACGAUACUCAGUGCCGGUCCUGUAUUGGAAGCGUUUGGAAAUGCAAAAACCGCACACAACAACAAUAGUAGUCGUUUCGGCAAAUUCAUACAAGUGAAUUACAAAGAAAAUGGAAUGGUGCAUGGGGCUGUUGUGCAAAAGUAUCUUUUGGAAAAGUCUCGAAUAGUCUCCCAAGGAAGAAAUGAAAGAAAUUACCACGUAUUUUAUUACCUCUUGGCUGGAGCAAGUGAACAGGAAAAACAAGCUCUGCAUUUAGAAAAUUGUGAUCGUUAUAAUUAUUUAAAUAAAAGUGGGUGUUACGGACUUGAAAAUAUCGACGAACGACAUGAAUUCUCAAGACUGAAACAAUCUAUGGAAAUGGUUGGAUUUACGCCGGAAAAACAGAGGCGGUUGUUUGCAGUUCUGUCAGCUGUUCUUCUACUCGGAAACGUGGAGUUCCAACCUAGAAAAUCUUAUCAUCAUCAUGAUGAAGCCGUAGGAGUUAAGAAUCCUGAUGUGGUUGCGUUGAUAUCUGAACUUCUUAGAGUAAAACAAGAUACGCUUUUGGCAGCUCUUACCGCCAAACGUGCGAGGGCUUCCGGAGAAACUUUAGUCAUUAACUAUAGGCUUCCGGAAGCAAUUGCGGCAAGAGAUGCUAUGGCCAAGUGUCUGUACGGAGCUCUGUUUGAUUGGAUUGUGCUUCAGGUGAAUCAUGCUUUACUUUCCAAGAAGGAUACGCUCAGAGAUCAUCAAGGCAAUAGCAUAGGUGUACUAGAUAUUUUUGGUUUCGAAGAUUUCAAAACGUGCAAUAGUUUCGAACAGUUAUGUAUAAAUUAUGCAAACGAACAACUACAACACUACUUCAACCAGCAUGUUUUUCAAUAUGAACAACGAGAGUACAGAAAACAGGGAAUUAGAUGGACGGAUAUAGGAUACAGUGAUAAUUCUGGCUGCUUAAAUCUAAUAGAGGGAAAGCCGAAUGGCCUUCUCUGUCUCUUAGAUGAUCAGUGCAAUUUUCCUGGCGCAACGAAUGAGACACUGCUACAAAAAUUUAAUUCAGUACAUAAAGACAAUCCAUUUUACGAAGCACCACAACGACGAGAAGCAGCCUUCGUUGUACGUCAUUAUGCAGGGGCUGUUAAGUAUCAAGCAUCUAAUAUGAGAGAAAAGAACCUGGAUCUGAUGCGACCAGAUGGUGUAGUUGGUGUAUUGAAAAAUUCUUCCCUCGCUUUUGUCCGAGAAUUAGUGGGUGCCGACCCAGUGGCAGUAUUCAGAUGGGCGAUUCUUCGAGCAUUUUUUCGAGCUCAUUUUGCUUUUCAAGAAGCGGGUCGAACUCAUAGACAUGGUCGAGCUGAUGGUACAAAAACAUCUGUACAAAAUAGAUACCGGACACCGAACGAGAAUUUGAUAAGUUCGCACAAACAUAAUCGUCCACCAAGUUAUCAGAAGCAGCGCAGUGUCUGUAUACCAUCAACUUUACCCACUACUACAUUAUCUUCUAUACAACUUGAAAACAACGACAAUGUAAACAACAACCGAUUGUCGUGGCCACAAUUUCGAAACAUUAAUCAAACGCAACACCCGUCCAAUGUAACGAUGAUGAAGGGUUACUUAAUAAGGGGCAGGGAAGACCAGCCUCAUAGUAAUAAUAAACUCAGACGAGAUACUCAUACACCACUAGAGAGGGUGCUUCCAAAAGACGAAGCAAACGUCAUGGAACGCGCUAAUCAAAUAGUCAUGAAAAACAAAUCAUUUCGACCAAGAGAACGUGGUAAGAAGGGUUUAAAAAAUCUUCAAACUGUAAAAACGCUCGCCGGAAGAACACAGAGUUAUGGUACGGGACCGGGGAAAGCGAGGAAACAGCCCAUGACAGUAUCGGCGCAGUUUCAACAAAGCUUGCACAGUCUUAUGGAUACCUUAAAUCAAGCGAAUCCUUUCUUCAUCAGAUGCAUUAAAAGCAACUCUAACAAAGUAUCAAAUGAGUUCGACAAGGAAACUGUGCAAAGGCAGUUAAGAUAUACGGGAAUGUUAGAAACAGUUAGAAUAAGACAAGCUGGUUUUAACGUCAGAUUGACAUAUGAAGAAUUUAUUCAACUGUAUAGAAUGUUGCUGCCCAAGGGUUUGUUAAGUUCGCAAUCAGAUGUUAGAGACUUCUUACUGACGUUGAAUCUUAAUAAAGACAAUUAUCAACUUGGGACAACUAAAGUGUUUCUCCGAGAAUCGGAAAAAAUCCAAUUGGACAGAGAAUUGCACCAGCAAAUCAUCACGAGUAUCACAACAAUACAGAAAUGGUUCCGAGCUUGUUUAGAGAGAAGAAAGUUCCUUAGACUGAAAAAUGCAGUCGUGCAAAUUCAGUCUUUCUGGAGAAUGAUCAUUGCUCAACGAUUGGCGCAGUCUUUGCGUGUUAAAAUCGAAGCUGCUGUUCAUAUCCAGUCUGCUUGGAGAGCGUAUAAGCGGCAUAGUUGGUUCAAGAAAUUUAAAUCGUGUAUGAUUAUGUUUCAAGCUCACAUUAGAGGUAAUAUCGCAAGAAAGUCUUUCGCGGACCUGAAGAGACGAAAGAAGUUGCUCGUUGAUAAAAUUGGGGAAUAUAAAGAUACUCAGGAUCAUAAGGAACUUGCGUACGACAACAGCAAGAUAUACUCCAGGCUCAGGGAUAGCGCGGAAUCGCUCACAGAAGACAACGCGUUGCUAGACUACAGUAUGGUGCGUAAAAUGGAAUCUCAGAAUCGACUUACGCCGGCGAGAACGGAUAACGUACUCCGGGAUAGCGGGAUCGACACCAGCAUGACGUACUCUAAGCGAAAACUUGCACCGAAUGCAAGAAUCUCGCACGAACCCGGCGCCAUUUUGAAAAAUAUAGAAUCUUACUCAUCCGAAGAACUUAACGAACGGAAAAGCAGCUUGGAAAGGUUGACUAGUUUAAGGAGCUACGAAUCUCAAGUCAGCGUUAACAGCUCCGAAUCUCAAGAGAAUUCUUGCUGCAAGCCCGUACCAAGCACUAGAACAAAACGUGGCGAUCAGUCCCCCGGAGUCACGGUGAACACAAACCUAGCGAAUGCUUCCAGUCGAUCGUCGUCCGUCAGUAAACGAGCGGACAGUUCGUCGACGGGAUACAGCGACGGAGAAACUGAUUCAGACAUCCCGAGUGCUGUGCAAAGUGCUCCGCCCAUCUUUAACACGGCCCCGCCGUUCCCGAGUCCGCGGGACAUUAAAUACCAUCAGUCCAACGUAAACUUGACCCACAGUCCGAAUUCCGAUAUCUGGCGACGUCGGGCAGACUUUUCGUCCAUGAACUACAGCGACUAUUUAAUGUCUGGUCCCCAGAAAACAACGUUAACGCGGUCCCCGAAUGUUUCCCAAGACAAGAAUAUAGAGGAUAAUAUAUUUGAACAAGCGCAACAUGAGAAACCGAACGAGGCAGCGAAUUUUAACGUCAAACUGGAUCCCAACGAGCGUUUCGUUCACAUGGAAAGCUCGUCGGGUAGGGAACAACGUAGAUUAAGCGACAAUAGCGUACCUACCGAGCGAAUGGAAAACGACCCAACAUCGCCCAUUAGACGCGAUCAGACAUACGGACACAAAGAAAUGAAAGAGUUCAGUUACUUGAGAAGACAAAAUUCGGAAGGAGAUACAUCUACGAAGUUAGACGCGGUGAACGACGAGAACGCGUUGAAGAGUCCUCUGCUAAAAGGAUCGUCGCCCAAGGAGAAAAACUUAAGACCAAAGGAGAAAUGCGAACCCGAUGUGCCAGUCAGGAGCGCAAGACGGAAUCGGCCGUCUCGAGAGUUUCAUUGUAGAUCUAUGGGUGAGAGCGUAUCGGACACGGGUGGCGGUGAAACGAAAAGUCUCUUCCUUGGCACGAUCAAGGAGAGCGACUUGAACAAGUCUUCGAACGUGUGGACCCGUAAAGAUGGCCAACACGAGACUCCUUCGAGAUCGGUGACGGAUUGGCCCGUGAACAAAGCUGAGUCGGCAUCCAAGACCCAGUUACCUGGCAAACGCAUGAGGUCCAACGCGAUAACGAGCCUCGAGCUGAGAAGAAGAAACUCCGAUCCAGCUACUAAAAUAUCAGGACUCAGCGAGGACAAGCUUGGAACCGAUACGAGUCCCAACGAUUUCAAACUCGCUCCUGGGAUGAACCUUCUUGAAUGGAAAGGCAAUCUUUUCACCUUAGCUGGUCAUCAUUUCAGGAAAGUGGCGAGGUUUGCUAAAGACGACGUGUGCGUUUGCUGCCGCGACAAAAUGGACGCGUUCGUGACGCAAGGGUACAAGUGCGUCGACUGCAAACAGUUGUACCACGUCAAGUGUAUACAGAACGGCGGAGUACUUAAGAUGCCGUGUAUAUUAGCGAACACACCGGGCAGACGGAAAAACAGAAAGCCACCGCGCACGCCCUACGAGUCCGCGAAGCAAACGGUCGCAUCCAAGUUCAGCUUAACCGGCACGUCGGCUUUCUCCGACAGCACGGACAAGAUCAUAUCCGAUGCCAAGGAAUUGGCGUUCAUGCAGGACUUCAUCACGAAGAAGAUAUACAUAAUGGAGGGACAAGAGGAGGGCAGGAAACCUAGCGAGGUGGAUCGCGUGUUCAAGCAGGCUCUGCGUAAAUUCAAAGACGACCUGGUGAUCACUUACAGCGUCGCCAUUCAGCAGGGUGUCGAGGGCAACAUCAAGUACACCGAUCUGAUAGCGAACUUCUUGCACGUAAUGGAAACCGUGUGCAAGCAAGAGAACACUAGUGCAGAUUUUCCCGUGACAAUGGGAGUGAACGCGUUCAGAGGAUUCAUGAACGAAUUUAUGACGCUAGUCAAAACCGAAGCGCCGGAGAAACAGAGUAAAAGCAAACGUAAGAAGGAGAAGAAGCGGAAACAAGAGGAACCGAUACGACACGGCAAUCAUGUGUUCCAGUUGACUAUCAUAAACAUACCUAUGGCCUGCGAGGUGUGCUCCUCUUUCUUUAUGUGGCCUAUCGAACGAGGACUCGUCUGCCAGAAUUGCAAGUUAACGAGUCACAGGAAGUGCUACAUGAGAGCGUUGCCAGAAUGUGGUAAAGAAGCACCCCACGAAAUGAACUCGCGAAACGUUUUCGGCGUCCCGUUGUACAAACUAGACUGCGGCGACGGCAAGGUCCCGUUGGUGGUGGAUCGAUUGAUCACGACCAUAGAGAUGCACGGUCUGUACACGGAAGGGAUAUACAGAAAGAGCGGCGUCAGUUCUAAAGUGAAGGAAUUGAAACAGAAGAUGGACGAGGGUGACUUGGAGAAAGUUGACUUCGAGAAUUACCAAGUGCACGUGCUCGCGGCCGUGUUGAAGAGCUUCUUUCGCGACAUGCCCGAGCCCCUGUUAACCUUCGAGUAUUACGACGACUUUCUGCACGCUGCCAAUCUGACGGAUCCUCGGGAUCGGAUCAGCACGCUGUUCGCCAUCCUGAAGAAGCUGCCGAAACCGAACUUCGAUCUCAUGGAACGGCUGAUCGUUCAUCUGGCCAGGGUGGCGCUCCACGAGGUCGACAAUCGAAUGUCCCCGUCAGCGUUGGCGAUAGUCUUCGCGCCGUGCAUACUGAGGACGAACAGGGCACUGCCCGCUCAGGACUCGUUGCAAGACGUUGGCAGGCAAACCUGUUGCGUCGAGACGAUCGUACAGGAGAAACUGAGGGUCGUGAGAGCGACUUUGGCCGACAUAAAUACUCUGGAGUCCGCCUGUCACACGGCCACUCAUCGUUUGUCCAGCUUGCGGUCCUCGAAGAUCUUCAGCCCGGAGGAAUUGAACGCUGCUGCCUCGAGCGUGGCCGCGAGAGGCAACACCGCGGAUCGUGACAGAGAUCGAGGCGACGAGGAAGCGCUUCUCGUCGAUCACAUACAGGAGAUCCAAAAGGAAAAGGCCCUGCUGACUUCGACUCUUCCCAGCCUAACGAGAGCUUCUUCGGAUGAUGACCUACUUCUGUCUGCCACGGAUUUAGACGAUGGCUCUCUCGACGACCUUCUUCCAUCCUCUGCCGACGGGCUCGUGAGAAAGAAACCGAUUCAGAGGCAAAGUUCCGCGGACAAUGCAUUUCCUACGAUCAUGAACGUCGACGAGGACAUGGUAAUGGUAUGACCAUAGAGGGAAAACGUUGCCACGACGGAUGAUCGAUAACGUGUAGCAACAUGACACGCGCUGUGAAGCGUCGACUGACGGCAGCGAAUCGACGAGUCUUACUUCUGGUCUCAUCGGCAAGCCGCUAGUAAUUUAAAUAAGUAGUAAAACACGACAUUAGGUAGGUCUAGUAAUUUGUUCCACGCGAAGUUAAGCUGAUAAUCCGAUCAAACGUACAUACAUAUAUACAUAUACAUACAUAAAAAUAUAUAUAUACACACACAUAUAUAUAUAUAUAUAUAUUUUUUUUUUCACUCUGUCGCAAAGCUUUCAGAGGUUUCUAAAGAACGAUUGACAAAUUACGCGAGCAUUCAGCUUCACGUGAAAAAAAAAUGUACUAAAUAUUCAUUUUAUAAUCUAUUUUUCUCCUGGAAUGCAUUCCUCUUUAUCGAAGACUGUCAAUCAAGCUAGGGUGUUCGGAAGAUGGACGAUCUUAGCCGAACAAGUUCAUUCGCGUCGCAGGGUAUUCCAAUGGCAGAGAUCAGCAAAGUACAGGCGUAGAACAAUUUUGCAUGAAAUUGUCGAAUAACGAAUUAAUGACGAUCAACGCUGUAUUCUUUGUUUCGUACCAUCAUGUUUCAUUUAGACGAUGAAAUUAAUAUUUUACGUUGAACGAACAACCGUUUCACAGGAUACACGUUGGGAGUGAAUUUAUUAUACGGUGGUUUCACUUCGUUGUCGGUGUUAUUCGAAUAAACUUUUGCUUAUCUCUGCCCAAUGGCAAGAAUAUCGCCCGUUUUUCGGUCGGUGUCACACUUCAACUCUUUUCUGCACGAUCGACCGCGAAGGGCUGGAAGUACGUACGGAUUAUGGUUAUCUUCUUGCGAAUGAAAAAUCCGUUACUGUUACCGAGUAUUUAGUCGCAUUUAAAUUCUCCGUCUACCAUCCAUGCGUUCUUUCCUUUUUUGUUCUCGUUUACCAUCAAUUCGGUCGCAAACGAUUUACGCAUCCUCCUUGUUUCACUCUUUUACAGAUUUUUAUAGACUGUUUGCGUGAAUCGUACCAACACACACACACACACACACAUGCCACACACGAAGGUAACUCUUUUCCUUAACCCAGAUAAGGCUGAAUUUUCUUUGCUAAUUUUCUUUUUAAAUACUUUACCACAAAUAGUUUAAGCAUAACGCAUUUAAGCGGGGGUGGAAAAAAGAUUCAGCCAUGCAAGGUCGACGGAAUCCCUAAAAUCGAGUCUUUCUUCUAGAAAGACGUCAGCCUGAUAUGCCUAACAUAAGACCACGACAACAGUAUAUUUUUGUAUACUUUGUUCGAGACAAAUUCUAGAUCCUGGAAGGAUGCCAGCCGUAACUGGGUUAAUCGUAACGGGAGUAUAAGUUCGCGGCUUUUUGGUCUCAAUCGCAGAUUCUCGAAGUAAAAGCGUUAUCCUUCCACGAGGAUGCGUUUACAGGUGUCGAUCCAAGGUGGGCAAUAUAUUAAUACAAUAAUAGCUAACGAAGGAGAUGUAUGAUCAUUUAUUCCAUUAUUCUUUCAAUUUCGCAGUUUGCUAAACAAUUCUUCGUGAUAGUAACAUAUUUCACAUUACAAUUCCGAUCCAUGUUUUUAUAAAACUAGUCUUUCAUAUAUGUUAUUCGAAACUUUUAUUCGGAUAAGAAUUUUGCCCGCCUCUGGCGUCGACACAUUCGAAUGCCGCGUGACGUAACGAAGCCACUCUCGUCGGGUUUUAAUUCCUCUCUCUUCUUUUUUUUUUUCUAUUUUUUGGCCCAGGCAUAUUUCGUUGAUCAUUUUAUGGAAUACCCGUGCGCGGCUCUGAGCACGGUUAUCGAAUCGCUGGGAAUCCGUGGCACGCGAGAACGGAGAUGAAAAAGAGGAAACCAAAAUAGUAGCUUUGUACAUAUUAUACGAUGUAUUGAUAUGAGCAUCUCGUAAUAAAUCUGUUAUUAUUGUUAACUUUA